AUGUCCCGCGCCGGGUCUGAGGCCAAAAUGGGAAGACCUUCGAUUAGACUCAUCUCGUCAUACAUCUUUGACUGGAUCGUUCUCAUCGUUGUUGCUGGAGUCGGUUACGUCCUCGGUGUCAUCACGCCUAACAAGCGGCCCUUUUCUCUGGUUAAUCCUGACAUCUCUUUUCCUUUUACAGAACAUGAGACCGUCCCAGACUGGCUGCUCUUUGUCUUGAGCUGCGGCGUCCCUGCCGUCAUCAUCGUCAUUGUCUCCAUCAUCUUUGUACCUGGACUAUGGGAGCUUCACAUUGGUCUGCUGGGGCUCCUGAUGUCCGUUGCCUGUGGCUUCUUCUUCGUCAGCGGUAUCAAGAACAUGUGUGGCAAGCCUCGACCUGAUCUCCUCGCACGAUGCCUGCCAGACCUGGAGAACGCAUCCAAGUUUCUGAUUGGCGGCUUCCAAGGAGAAUCUAAGUUGGGCAACAGCAUUGGCCAGCUCUACUCGGCAGACAUCUGCCAGCAGACUGACAAGGCGAAGCUCAAUGACGGCUUCCGAAGCUAUCCCAGUGGCCACUCUGCCGCCUCUGCGGGUGGUCUCCUCUAUCUCUCACUCUUCCUUGCCAGUAAAUUUGCCGUAACGAUGCCAUUUGUGGCGACGGGCACCUCUUCAUCUAGCCACGACAUACAUGCUGCAUUCCCUUCUCGCCUGGGAUCCGCAGUCGAACAAUAUGACGACGAGGCAUCCGCUCCCAUGACGGGCAAAGGCGCCAACACAAGCAUCGCAUAUAACUCCAGCAUCCAGUCCCUGCGUCGUCAGGCAGCAGCUCCCCCCGUCUAUCUCCUGGUCAUUACUGUGGCACCAUUCUGCCUCGCCAUUUUCAUAGCAGCUUCGCGCUGGUUUGAUUUCCGACACCACGGUUUUGAUAUUUUGUUUGGCUUUUGCAUUGGUGUCUUUACUGCCAUCUUCAGCUUCAGGUUUUAUCAUUUGCCUAUUACUGUCGGAGCUGGUUGGGCGUGGGGUCCUCGCAGUCCAGAUAGGGCUUUCUGGGCUGGCGUCGGUCGACUGGGCUAUGUGGCUGAAAAGGAUGUCGAGCGUGGGAUGACCGUUCCUGCCAAUUAUGGAGCGUCCACGGAUGUCGAGGCGCACGGUGCUUCUCUUUCAGUGCCUGCAGCUAUGAGCUACAGGUCGCCGGUUUCGAGGAAUGACCCCUACCAGGAUGUUGAAUUACACAACUUGAAUGAGGGGACGAGCCAAGGGGCACAGCACGGGAAUUGA